AUGAUAACCAUCGGCGUGCCCCUCCUCCCCAGGGCCGUCUCCGCCCCACAGAAGAACUGGAACCUCUCGAAUCGCCGCCAGGCUGGCUGGGUCCAGCUAAAGGAGGACGGUUUCACAUCGUUCCGCUGGAACAAGCGUUUCAUGGUCAUCAGCGACAGAACGCUCAAUUUCUACAAGCUGGAACCUUCCGCCGACAUGAGCCAGCCCAAGGAUUUGGACAUGCUGUUCCCGCUCAACUUGAUUGGCGCCAUCAACUUGAAACCGAGCCUGAGCUCCAAGCUGACGCCGCCAGUGAUUGAGAUUGUGCCCAAGAACAACGCCAAGUCGCUUUUGAUCUCCAUCAAAAACAACAACGAUCACCUAGACUGGCUCGACUCGUUCGCUACCAAAUGCCCGUUGAUCACCAUCGGCUCCGGCCUGGGCUCUCUGUCCGUCUCGCUGGGCGUUUCUAAUCCUACAAACUUCACUCAUAAUAUCCACGUGGGUUUUGACCCAGCCAGCGGUAACUUCACCGGCGUCCCGGAGGCGUGGAAGCAGUUGCUCCUGAACUCGAAGAUCACCAACGAGGACUGGAAGAAGGACCCAGUGGCGGUGAUAGAGGUUUUGGAGUUUUACUCCGAUAUUAAUGGCUCUAAUGGCGGUACUCCCGUGUCAACGCCUGAACUCAAGCAGGGUCCUGGCUCUUUGAACUUCCAGGAUUGGACAAAACACCCGGCUGCCAAAGCCCAACAGCCAAUGGACUUCAAACCUACCAGAGCUGCUCCAAAACCACCAGCUCCUUACCACACGACACAGAAGCCCCUGUCGCCAUUGAUGAACCUCAUGAAUGCCCAGGGCCCUGAGUCAUCCGAUUCUCUCGCUAAAUUGUCAGGUCCAGGUAGCUUAAUUCCAGCUAGAAGAGCUCCUCCUGUGCCAGGUCAGGCUCCAGGACAGGCUCCGGGACAGGCUCCACCACCUCAGGCACAACCUCCCCGUCAUCAGGCUCCAGAUGCUGCCAAGAAGCCACAGGGCUUGGGUAUCAGCACUCUGGUACCUAAGCAGGCUCCUCCAGUGAUGCCCCGCAACGUGCAUCCUGAUGUCAAGGUCCAUUCUGAUAAUAUCAAGCAUACGUUAGCCAAGACUGACCCUCUGAGAAGGCCACAGGACGACCUUCCUGACCUCAAGCCACUCCGCUUGAAGCCCAAGCAGGAGCAGCGUCCUAAGCAUGAAGAAAAACCUCACGAGGCACUCAAGCAAAAAUCUGACAAUGUGCCUCCCCGGACAGUUGACCCCAAGGUUCACAAGGCCCCAACGCCAGCGAAGACCACCAAGCAGAUCAAGAAAGAGCGCGAGCAGCUCAAUGACCGCCAGAUCCUCGCCAAGUUGAAGACUGUGGUUAACAAUAAGGACCCAUCUACAUUGUUCCGCAUCAUCAACAAGGCUGGCCAAGGUGCUUCGGGAGAGGUGUACCUUGCCGAGUCGCUUGCGCCUAAGGACAGAGGCCAAAAGGUUGCCAUCAAGCAGAUGGACCUUAAGGUGCAGCCUCGUAAGGAACUUAUCAUCAACGAGAUUCUUGUGAUGAAGGACUCUCAACACGCGAACAUUGUCAAUUUCUUGGAUUCUUAUUUGCGUGGAUCCAGCGACCUUUUAGUGGUUAUGGAAUACAUGGAAGGUGGUUCUUUGACAGAAGUUAUCGAAAACAACGAGACCAAGCUCAAUGAGAAUCAAAUCGCCACCAUUUGUCACGAAACAUUGAAGGGUUUGCAAUUCUUGCACCGCAAACAGAUUAUUCACAGAGAUAUCAAAUCCGACAACGUUUUGCUUGAUGCUAAAGGCAAUGUGAAAAUCACCGACUUUGGUUUCUGUGCAAAGUUGACGGAUCAAAGGAGCAAGAGAGCAACCAUGGUCGGUACGCCGUACUGGAUGGCGCCGGAAGUGGUUAAGCAAAGAGAAUACGACGGCAAGGUGGAUGUCUGGUCUUUGGGAAUCAUGACAAUUGAAAUGAUAGAAGGCGAGCCACCUUACUUGAACGAAGAGCCAUUGAAGGCGCUUUACCUCAUUGCCACAAACGGAACACCCGAGUUGAAGAACCCCAAGGCGGUGAGCGAGGAGAUGAUGAACUUUUUGUCAUGCUGCUUGAUCUUGCAACCCGAAGCAAGAGGCAGCACCGACAGCCUAUUGAGGGACCCAUUCAUUACGCACAAGAGCACCGAUGUUGGAGUUCUAGCGCCUUUGUUGGAGUGGAAGAAGAACCAGGAAAGCGCUGAUGCACAAUAA